CUGAACUCAUUAGUCUGACUACCUGUUAUUAAACAGAGACAAGUGUUUUAUCUUAGCUUUUAGUUUUUCUGUGUAGAUACUCUGUUAAAUCGUCUGUUUUUUUACGCACUGAGUGACGUUUAUUGUGAAAGCUAACCGCUAAUGCUAGCAAAAGUGUACAGAUUUACAUGGAGAGUUAGCUGAAGUUUAGCUUAAAUGUUGGGUUAGCUAUCAUAGCGAACAACAACACCGCCACUGUAAAGGCAUUAUCAUGAGUGGACUUCAACAACUUGCAUGCAGCUGUACUUGUUACUUAAAACGCGAUAUCUGAUAUUUAUUUUAAUGGACAACAGUUUAGGCUAUUUGACGUUAGCAUCUCCUAGGAUCUGCUCCAGCUGGGGCUAGUUAGCUAAGAGGUGGUCUCCUGCCACAGCCUCUGAUGCUUCCCAGAGUCCUCCGCAGUGCUCGGCCCAUCUCUACCAGUCUUGCCUUAAGCCGGCCUCUGGGCCACUUCAGACCACACAUGGACCCAGACCCGAGCCGGCCCGUUGAGAGGGCUAUCAGAGCCAAACUGACCGACUCACUUAAGCCGGACCACUUGGAGGUCCACAAUGAAAGCCACAUGCAUGCCGUGCCCCCCGGCUCUGAAUCCCAUUUCCGUGUCCUGGUUGUCAGCUCCCUGUUUGACGGUCUGCCGUUGAUAAAGCGCCAUCGCCUGGUUAAUGAGGCUCUGAAGGAGGAGUUGAGUAGCUGUGUUCAUGCGCUGGCCAUCCAGGCCAAGACUCCUGAGCAGUGGGGGAGCAACCCCACCCUGGUUAAGAGUCCGCCCUGCAUGGGAGGCUCUAAAGGAGAUCACACGGUGGAGGAGAAACUGAAGGCCGGGCGAGAGUGAAGUGUUGGACCAUGAAGCAGUUGUGCUUCUUCUGUUGGACUGAACUGUGAACAAUGCAGGUGAAUUCUGGAGAGUAAUGUUUCCUGUGUGAUUCUACAUAGCUCCGGUGGAGCUAUUUAGAUUUUUAUUUAUGCAUUCUUGGUUUAAUAAAUCAUUAAUUGUAAACAUUUAAUGAGCAUUGUGUUUGAGAGGUACAUUUUGUGCAGUUACACAGAUAUUAUAAUAUCCUUUUCAGGACAGGUGGUUGCAGGUAUUUUGCACUGGUGCCACUUCGCUGUUCAGUGAAUACAGUACAGAAGAAAAACUGCAAUCCCAUCAGCUAAAGUAAGAACUUUUGAUAUCAAUGCUCAUAGCUCCAAGUCUCAGUAAUUUCAGAUUGGUGGAGUCAAUUGAGAUUUUAUUGUCCGUAAAGCUCAUGCCUCAUGCUCAUAGUAUUAACUCCAGGGUUUGUACAAAGCUGUUAAAGAUUGUGAAAAUCUUAGCUAGGACUGUUUAAUUUUCAAGUUAAGGAACAUGCUUAAAUUCUUAAGAAUUCCAGAUUUUUUUUUUUUACAUUAUCUGGUGUUUCAUCUACACAAUCACUCAUGAAAAAACAAAAAUCUUUCAAUAAUUUAAAAGAAACAA